AUGGCGGCGCGGCGGCGGCCGGCGGUCGGCGCGGGGGCCCGGCGCGCGCUCGCGCUGCUGGCGCUGUUCCUGUGCGCCCCCGGCGUGGGCGGCGGGGCGCUCGAGUGGUACUCGGCCAAGGUGGGCAUCGAGUACGUGGACCCGCGCUGGAACCUGACGGUGCGGAGCGAGUCCGAGAGCGGCCGCUUCGGCGACAGCUCGCCCAGGGAGGACAAGCAGGGCCUGGUGGGCAUCCCGCGCGCGCCCGGGGACGCGGAGGGCUGCGCGCCCGACACGCGCUUCGUGGCGCCCGGCGGCCUGGGCGCCGCGCCCUGGGUCGCGCUGGUGGCGCGGGGCGGCUGCACCUUCAAGGACAAGGUGCUGGCGGCGGCGCGGAGGAACGCCUCGGCCGUGGUGGUCUACAACCAGGAGCGCUACGGGAACGCCACCGAGCCCAUGUCGCACGCGGGAACAGGAAGCAUAGUCGUCAUUAUGAUUAGCUACCCAAAAGGACGAGAAAUUUUUGAUUUGGUGCAAAAAGGCAUUCCAGUAAAAAUGACCAUAGGGACGGGUACCCGCCACAUGCAGGAGUUCAUCAGCGGUCAGUCUGUGGUGUUUGUGGCCAUCGCCUUCAUCACGAUGAUGAUCAUCUCGUUAGCAUGGCUGAUAUUCUAUUACAUACAGCGCUUCCUGUAUACUGGCUCGCAGUUCGGCAGUCAGAAUCAUAGAAAGGAAACUAAGAAAGUUAUUGGCCAGCUUCCACUGCACACUGUAAAGCAUGGAGAGAAGGGACUUGACAUUGAUGCUGAGAAUUGUGCAGUGUGUAUUGAAAACUUUAAAGUCAAGGAUGUUAUCAGAAUCCUGCCAUGCAAGCAUAUUUUUCAUAGAAUAUGCAUUGACCCAUGGCUUUUGGAUCACCGAACAUGCCCAAUGUGUAAACUUGAUGUCAUCAAAGCCCUGGGAUAUUGGGGGGACCCUGAGGACGCUCAGGACCCGCCCAUCCCAGAAGCUUCCCCAGGAAGUGUUUCUGUUGGGAAUCUGAGUGUGACAUCCCAAGAUGAGGACCGGAGUGCUGAAAGCAACCUUCCAUCAUCUUCCUCAAGCGAAUCCGGGCCCCACCGCCCCUGUUUUAAGGAAGAUGCAGGGGAGGACACAGCGUUAUUAGGAGCCGGCAGGAGUGACCCUCAGCAUGGAGGUUCCAUCUGCUAGCACCCCCACCGAGAGCGUCACCGCGGCCUUGGCUUGGACUACAGGACAUUUAAUUUUUUACUCUAGGGUAUAGUUUGUAUACUUGAAAACAGUGGAUAUUAUUUUACUUUACCUUUCAGAUUCAGGUUUGAUAUACAAAGGGCUGAGAUAUUUUAUUCCUAAAAGACUUUGAAUUAGCCUUCAUCUAUUUAUCUACUAAAGUAUGAUGUCUGUCAGAUUUUGUUGUGUCAGACUGUCACAGACAGAUACCUGUGUGGGUUCCGAAUACUAGACUAGCUUCUGUGGUACUGUAAGACAAGACUCCGAGUCUCAGGCUUUACACAGAGCUCGCCAAGUUGAAGUAGGAUUGUUUAAUGUCACUCAUGAUUGAUCAUGUGGGCUUUCCCUGAAGCAGGGACUCUUAGAACUUAUGAAAUAGAAAUCUUGCCAUGUGCACACCUGUAAACCCAGUACUCAGGAGGCUGAGGGCUGAGGCUCUUGAGUUCAAGCCAACCCUGGCCUAUGGCGCAAGACUCCGUCCGCCUCCAAGAAGGGGCUGAGGGAGAACUCAGCUAACUGUCUUGCACUGCAUUGUCCGUAGAGACUCCAAAACCAAGCAUGUUUUUUUAUUAUGUGGAAUUGUGAAAAGAACACUAGAUAAUUUUAUGAUUUGCAGUUUACCCUUAUUGUCUAAUUUCUUUUCACACUUGGAGGAAGGAAAUUUAUCCAUGUUUUUCUACAAAUUAAAAAAAUGUCAAGAAUACCAUAUUGCAUGUUUAAAGCAUUAAAAUAGUGAUUCAUUAAGAAAAUCAAGUAGGCAUACUGUUUUUAAAUGAUUAGUAUAUUUCAGUGGAUUUAAUCUUUACAAUUAAAAAUUUUAAAUUAAAACUUUGAUUUUGUUGUUAGGCUAAAAUAGCGUUUUCCUAAUGAGAUUUUAAGCUAAUUCAGUGCUGUGACUUUCCUCCUUCUUUCCUCUGCUUUAUGUCCUCAAAGGUGAAAUCUUUGAAGACUGUUACCUGAGUUCUGUGUAGUUUUCAAGUGCACUUUCAUGAGUGAGCAGUCUUGCUGAUCCUAAACUUGUGCUGCAUGUCUACUUUGUAGACAAAAAUAAAUGCUUAUUGACAAGUU